GCCCUACUCUUUCCCGGGCUGCUGUUGGUUGUGGCCAUUGCGACCGUCUUGGAGGCCCCGCUGAUCACGAUCUUCACCUUGCCCCUCUUUGCCGUGGGAGGGCCCAGGCCUCGGAACGGCCACAUCGAUGGAGCACCCGUGGAGAAGGGGCUCGAAGGCCUCUUCUACAGCAGUUUGGAGCCGUCGCUGCUGCGAGGGCUCGCCCGGCGUUUCCGCGUGCAGGCUUUGCCAACCACACCGGGCUCGGCUUUCCUAUGCCGGAGCCACGAACGGCUCCUCUGCCUGGUGCGAGUCCUCGCCUGCGGCUUCGGCUGGGUGGAGGUGGAGCUUCGUGGGCUGGAGAUGCAGGAGCCAACCAGUUGCCACCAUGUGGAGGCGGGCCUCAUCGACGAUGCCUUCGCAGCGGCCUUUGGCGACCUGCCGCCAAGGCCUAAUGAAGAUGAGGCGAAGACGAGGGCCGAGCCUUUCCUCUUCGAGCCUGUGGCGGAAGUGCCCGCGCUGGGCUACGAGCAGACCCUGGUUUCCCUCCGCGGGCUGCUGGACAACCCGGAAGCCCUCCGGCAGGUCCAUCGGCUUUUCCUGAAAUCUUUGGUCUUCGUUCUCUCGCGGGACUUGCAACGACGGGACGGCAAGCUCCCUGAAGGCUGGCUGUCGUGCCCGCUGAAAUCGCAAGAUAUGCAAGCGGCCAUGAACCUCAUCACCACUGCCCCGUGGCCCCCGGAUGUUGCCGAAGUCCUUGCAAUGCCGGACCUGCGGCUUGCAGCA